CGCCCUCCCACGGAGGUCUCACGUGCGCCCGGGGAUCCCUUCCUUCAAUCACACCUCCAUCUUUCAUCUUGCCGCUCUUAGCUGGGAGUGUUCCGCCUACUAACUUUUCUUAAAGAGCCUCGUCGAAGCCUGACUUCUUCCCCGAAAUCACGUCCCUAGACAGCAUCCUAUUUUACCACUAACUUUUCUACCUCAGUUAUUCAGCGGUAGGAAACUGAAACCAAAACCAGCGGAAGCAAACAUCUAAAUUGUUUCGGUAGACGCGCAGGAGAAACGCAGCAGUGUGUCCCGGAAGCGGAAGUAGAUCCUCCUCUAGAGAGGCUGGACUAUGCGGAAUGGUGACGUUUCCCCAUUGGGCGGAAGGUUCGGUGGCACUCGUCGGUCUUCCAGCUGGUGGGAGUUGGCGACGCGGCGCUGGGCGUUGGGACCCUAGUUUAUCUAGUUCGGGAAAUUGGGUUGUGGGGUGGUACCUGUCUGUCUGCUCCCGGCUUUCUUUGGUUUCUUCCCACGGUGUGGGGCCUCGCUAAGGAAUUCCUGGCCCCUUAGGGCCACGGCGUUAGCGGUGUCUUUUGCGGUGAGGAAAGUAAGGCUCAGAGAGAUUAAGUAACUUGCUCAAAGUAACACAGCCAGUAUUUAACAGAGCUAGGAUUUGAAUCCAAGUCUCUCAGACUCCAAAAUCUAUCCUCUUUCCAGUACUUCACACUGCAGCAGAGUUCUUUGUAGGUACAUCUUAAAGCUGUCAAGAUGGUUCUAGCAGACCUUGGAAGAAAAAUAACAUCAGCAUUACGCUCAUUGAGCAAUGCCACCAUUAUUAAUGAAGAGGUAUUGAAUGCUAUGCUAAAAGAAGUCUGUACCGCUUUGUUGGAAGCAGAUGUUAAUAUUAAACUAGUGAAGCAACUAAGAGAAAAUGUUAAGUCUGCUAUUGAUCUUGAAGAGAUGGCAUCUGGUCUUAACAAAAGAAAAAUGAUUCAGCAUGCUGUAUUUAAAGAACUUGUGAAGCUUGUAGACCCUGGAGUUAAAGCAUGGACACCCACUAAAGGAAAACAAAAUGUGAUCAUGUUUGUUGGAUUGCAAGGGAGUGGUAAAACAACAACAUGUUCAAAGUUAGCAUAUUAUUACCAGAGGAAAGGUUGGAAGACCUGUUUAAUAUGUGCAGACACAUUCAGAGCAGGGGCUUUUGACCAACUAAAACAGAAUGCUACCAAAGCAAGAAUUCCUUUUUAUGGAAGCUAUACAGAAAUGGAUCCUGUUAUUAUUGCUUCUGAAGGAGUAGAGAAAUUUAAAAAUGAAAAUUUUGAAAUUAUUAUUGUUGAUACAAGUGGCCGCCACAAACAAGAAGACUCUUUGUUUGAAGAAAUGCUUCAAGUUGCUAAUGCUAUACAACCUGACAACAUUGUUUAUGUGAUGGAUGCCUCCAUUGGGCAGGCUUGUGAAGCCCAAGCUAAGGCUUUUAAAGAUAAAGUAGAUGUAGCCUCAGUAAUAGUGACAAAACUUGAUGGCCAUGCAAAAGGAGGUGGUGCGCUCAGUGCAGUUGCUGCCACAAAAAGUCCUAUUAUUUUCAUUGGUACAGGGGAACAUAUAGAUGACUUUGAACCUUUCAAAACGCAGCCUUUUAUUAGCAAACUUCUUGGUAUGGGUGACAUUGAAGGACUGAUAGAUAAAGUCAACGAGUUGAAGUUGGAUGACAAUGAAGCACUUAUAGAGAAGUUGAAACAUGGUCAGUUUACAUUGCGAGACAUGUAUGAGCAAUUUCAAAAUAUCAUGAAAAUGGGCCCCUUCAGUCAGAUCUUGGGGAUGAUCCCUGGUUUUGGAACAGAUUUUAUGAGCAAAGGAAAUGAACAGGAGUCAAUGGCAAGGCUAAAGAAAUUAAUGACAAUAAUGGAUAGUAUGAAUGAUCAAGAACUAGACAGUACGGAUGGUGCCAAAGUUUUUAGUAAACAACCAGGAAGAAUCCAAAGAGUAGCAAGAGGAUCAGGUGUAUCAACAAGAGAUGUUCAAGAACUAUUGACUCAAUAUACCAAGUUUGCACAGAUGGUAAAAAAGAUGGGAGGUAUCAAAGGACUUUUCAAAGGUGGCGACAUGUCUAAGAAUGUGAGCCAGUCACAGAUGGCAAAGUUGAACCAACAAAUGGCCAAAAUGAUGGAUCCUAGAGUUCUUCAUCACAUGGGUGGUAUGGCAGGACUUCAAUCAAUGAUGAGGCAGUUUCAACAGGGUGCUGCUGGCAACAUGAAAGGCAUGAUGGGAUUCAAUAAUAUGUAAAGAAAAUGCCUUAAUAUAAACUGACUCAGUUGAAUACCUAAUUUGCUGAAACCUCAAAGAGUUUCCCUUCUUUUUGAAAAUUGGGGGGAAAAUGUAUUUUUCUUGCCUAUCAUGCCCUCUUUUCUUGUCACCCUAUUUCCCCCUCCUUUUCUUUUUCCUUUCUUCUUUCUUCCCUUUAAUAUAAGGGAGAAAUAUAUGGUUUUUGUGGAAAUCAUUAUAUUUUUGCUUUAGAUUUUUCUUCUGUUUUCACCAUCAUAACAAAACAAAUCACGAUGUAAAAUUUUAGUACUUAAAGGUUUUUAAUUGGCUCGAAGGCCAAGCAUUAAAUUUGUAAAUGGUCCUGGUCAGUAGUUAAAUAAUGUUUCAAUUAAAGUGCUGUAAAAUAAACUUCAAAGUGCUUAUAA